AUGAAGAAAAUAGCUUUAAUUCUACUCUUGAUACAAUAUUAUGUUUAUUCAUAGACUACAUAGAGUGAAAUCAAAACAAUAUCUACAUUAAAUUAACCUUGUACUUGUUUACAAGUUUUGAAUGAAAAAGAUUGCCAAUCUCUUAAUUGUACUUGGGAUGGUAGUAAAUGUUCAGACAUACCAGUGGUUUAAAUUAUCAAAACAUAUUGUGAAUUAAUUUAAAUUGAUAAAUGCUAAAGUACAGAAGGUUGUGCCAAUGUUUCAGAUAAAUGUGUAUCGUUUGCUGGAUGUUCUCUAUUUUUUUAUACAUCAAAUGAAUUAUGCUAAAACAUAUCUAUAAGAUGUAUAACUGAUGGGGAUAAAUGCAUAGAAUUGAAUGAUUGUAUGAAUUAUACAAAUCAGAUAAGUUGUCUAAAAGAUUAAAACGGGAUGUAUUGUACUUGGAACUCAUAAACCUCAACUUGUGAAUAUCCUACAACUUGUGAUUUAUUACCUCUCACACUUAACUCAGAUUAGUUAUGUAGAGAAUAAUUGAAAUAAUGCACAACUAAAGAAGGAGGAGGUUGUGAAACAAGUCAAGAAAAUUGUGAAAAUCAAAAAAUUUAAUAAGCAUGUGUAACAAAUCUUGAUUAAACAAAAUAAUGUAUAUGGGAUGAGAGUAAAUGUAAAGAAAAAACAUGUUUAAAUGCUCCUAUUUCAAAUAAUAGUCAUUUAUUAUGUAAUACUUAUCUUUCUACUUGUACUGUAAAUGAUACUUUAAAUGGAUGUUAAGAUAUACCAUAAUUAUGUACAUUAUUAAAAACAUAUAAUAAUUGUACAAUCAAUAAAAAUGGUGAUAUUUGUUAUUGGAAUAAAAAUACUUAAAAAUGUGAAGAUAAAAAUUGUGAUAAUGCACCAGAUUCAUUUACAAAUAAUGAUUAAUGUUUAUCAUGGUUAUCAACUUGUAUUGUAAAAUCUGCAGGUUUAGGUUGUUAAACUAAAGCAUCAGAUUGUGUAUAAUAUACAACUGAAAAUUAAUGUAUUUAAACUAUUACAGGUGAUCCUUGUUUUUGGAAUUAAAAUAAAUGUUAUGCUAAAAUUUGUGAUAAUGCACCUGAUACAUAUAUUAAUCAUGAUUAAUGUUCUCAAUUUUUAUCUACUUGUACUGUUUAAUAGGAUCUAACAGGAUGUGAAUCCAAAAAAGCUUCUUGUUCAAAUUAUCAAAAAGAAGAAUAAUGUAAUUCUCUUAUGGAUGGUUCAUUUUGUGUAUUUUAAGAUAAUGUUUGUAUUCCUCGUAUUUGUAGUAAUGCUUCAAAAGAAUUAACAACUGAUUAAGCAUGUAAAAGAUUCUCUUCUACUUGCAUGGUUAAAUCUAAUUAAUAAGGUUGUAUUUUAUAAGAAUGUAUAAGUAUUACAAAUAAGGAAUAUUGUUUAUAAGAUUAUUAAAAUAAUUAAUGUUAUUAUGGAACAUAAUGUCAUAUAAGAACAUGUGAAAAUGCUCCAAAUUCAUAUAAAUCUGAUGAAGAAUGUAGAACAUAUUUAGCUUCUUGUACUAUAGAUGAUGAUUUUGAAGGUUGUAAAGUUAGACCAUUAAGUUGUACAGAUUUAAAUGAAUUAUAAUGUAAAACAUUAACAAAUGGAACAAAAUGUAGUUGGAAUGAUGAUGAUUCUAAUAAUAAAUUUUGUAGAUUAUUAAAUUGUGCAGAUAUUCCUCCUGAUACUUAAACUGAUGAAUCAUGUUCAAAAUUUGAUAAAAGUUGUACAGUUGCUGAAAAUCCAAGUCUUUGUAUGUAAAAACCAGCUAUUUGUGGUAUUAUGAUUACAAAAGAUCAUUGUCUUUCUGUUGUAUUAGCAGAUGGUAUAUCAAAAUGUAGUUGGAAUGAUGAAACUUAAAUAUGUAGAUAAAGAGUAUGUUCAGAUGCUGAUACUACAAAUGUAAGUGAAGAGAAUUGUAGAUCAUUUAUGCCUAUAUGUACAAUUAAUGAUGAUAAAACAGGAUGUAUUUAAGAACCAACUACAUGUAAAGGUUAUAAGAAUCCUGAAGUUUGUAUAAAAUUAGUUGCAGAUCCAAAUAAUAUUAAAUAUUGUGGAUGGAAUGGAUGUGAAGAUAGAAGUUGUUAGAAUGCUCCAAUAUUAUUAGAUGGAAAUUAUAGUCAUUCAACUUGUAAUAGUUAUUUAGAUGGUUGUACUUUGAAUGAUGAUCAAACAGGUUGUGUAUCAUUAUUUACAUCAUGUAGUUUAAUAAAGAAUUAAAUAUAAUGUAAUGAAACAAUUUUAGUAGAUAAAUCAAAAUGUACUUAUGAUUUGAGUGUUGAUCCAUUUAUAUGUAGAAGUUUUUAAUGUAUUGAUAAUACUUCCUCAGAUAUGACUCAUGCAUUAUGUGUAGUUUUAGGUAGUUAAUGUACUUUAGGAAUUGGAGGAGUUGGAUGUGUUAAUUAGUUUAAUUCUUGUUCUGCUGUAACAGAUUAAAUUUAAUGUGAUGACACUUUAGUUGUAGGUGGAAAACAAUGUUUUUGGGAUGCUUCUGCUAUUCCUCCUAGUUGUAAAGAUAGAGUAUGUUCAUUUGGUUAAAAUAAAAACAAUUAUUAAGAAUGUGAAGCUUUUAUGAGUACUUGUACAAAGGGAGGAAUUAAUGAAAAUUGUAUAGAUAAACCUACUUAAUGUAAUGGAUUAUCUGAAGUUAGAUGUAAUAAUGUUAGAUUACAAAAUGGAGGUUUUUGUUCUUUUGAUAUUACAAUUAAUGAUGUUAAUUUAUAAUGUCAAAAUAGAAUUUGUGCAGAUGCUCCAACAAGUUAUUAAACAGAUACACUUUGUAGAAGUUGGUUACCUACAUGCACAGUUAAAGCUGAUUAAACAGGUUGUAUUAAUGAACCAAAUGAUUGUACUUAAAUGAUGAGAGAAUAGUGUUUUUAGAUUAAAAGUACUGGAAUAACUUGUUUUUGGAAUACUGUUGGAGGUUCUGGUAGUUGUAGAGAAGCAUAAUGUACUGAUGCUAGUAAGAGUAAAUUUAAUACUGAUACUUAAUGUUAGAGUUAUAAAUCAGGUUGUACAGUUGCUAAAAGUGGUGGUUGUAUUGUAUAACCUAUUAGUUGUAAUGGUUUAGAAUAGGAUCAUUGUUCAAAGGUAACUAUUAAUGCAACUGGUAAAAGUGGAAGUGAGAAUAAAUGUAGUUGGAAUACUAAGACUUCUGUUUGUUAAGAUAGAGUAUGUUCAGAUGCACCAAUUUCAAUUACUACUGAGAGUGGUUGUAGAGCUUGGUUAAAAAGUUGUACUAUUGGAUUAACAAAUAAAGGAUGUAUUAAUGAAUAUUCUACAUGUGAUUAAAUUUAGACUUUAAAUUAAUGUAGUCAAUUAUCUAAUGGAUAAAAAUGUGGAUGGAAUAAUGGAUGUGUUGGUAGAUAAUGUUCUAAUGCUCCUGAUACUUAUAAUACUGAUGAAUAAUGUAGAAAUUAUUUAUCUAAAUGUACUGUAUAAGCUGAUGGAACAGGAUGUGAAUUGAGAAAAUUAUAAUGUAUUGAUAUUGAUGUAGAAAGAUAAUGUGUUUAAAUUGAUGAUAAUAAUAAAUGUUCUUGGAAUGUUGUUAAAAAAUAAUGUGAAGAUCGUUCAUGUAUUAAUGCACCUAUUACUAUUACAUCACAUAAUGUUUGUGAAACAUAUUUAUCUAGUUGUACAGUUAAACCUAAUGGUAAGGGUUGUCAAAGAAAAUUAGAUAAAUGCUAAAAUUAUUCAUUUAUUGGUUAAUGCAAAGUUACUCUUACAGGAUAAUAAUGUUAAUGGAUUGUUAAUUAUGAUAUUGGAUCUUGUGUAGAUAUAUUAUCAUCAUGUUCUACUUAUAUUUAAUAAAAUGCAUGCACUAUUCAAAGUGAUGGAUAAGUGUGUAUAUGGAUUGAUGGUUCAUGUUAUAAUAGAUAAUGUUAACAUGCACCUAAAUCAUAUUCAACACAUAAAUAAUGUUAAGAAUAUGGUAAUAAUUGUACAACCAAUGGAAGAGGAUGUAUUAGUUAUUAGAAAUGUUCUGAAUAUAAAUAUUCAUCAGCUUGUUUAUAAGGUACUGAUGGUCCUUGUACAUUACUUGAUCAAUGUCAAUUAAUUUCUUGUGAAAAUGCUCCUACAACUUUAAAAACAGAUUCAGAAUGUUCAACUUUUCUUAAAAAAUGUACAACAAAUGGAAAUGGAUGUAUUGAAAAAAAGAGAUGUCAAGAUGCUUAUAUACAAGAAGCUUGUAAAUUUAAUAGUUCUGGUUAAAGUUGUGCUUGGGUGAAUAAUUAAUGUUAUGAUAAAACAUGUGAAACUGCUGAUAUAUCAUUAAAAACAGAAACAUAAUGUGAAGAAUAUUUCCCAGAAGCUAAAUGCACAACUAAAAAAGGUGGUGGUUGUAUAUAAAAAGGUAAAUGCAAAGAUGCAUAAAUUGAAUUAGCAUGCACUUCUUAAUAUGAUGGAAAAUUGUGUUCUUGGUAAGAUGGUUCUUGCAAAAUGAAAUCUUGUUCAGAUCUCUUUGGUACUGAUCAUUAUUCAUGUUAUUCUUAAUAAAAUGAUUGUACAUCAGAUGGAAUCAAAUGUAUUUCUAUGAAAACUUGUUCUGAUACUGAUAAUCGAUUAUCUUGUGUUUUAGGAACAGAUGGACCUUGUUUAUGGAGUAAUAAUUAAUGUUAUAGAUUUACAAAAUGUACAGAUCUUAUAUUUACUACUCAUUAAGAAUGCAACUAAAUACAUUCAUAAUGUACUACUAAUGGAGAUAAUUGUAUAUCUAUUAGUACUUGUGCUAAUACUCCUUAAAUUGCUUGUUAUAAAGGUAUCAAAAGUCUAAAUACCAUUUAAUGUAUUUGGGCACCUUUAUCAAAUAGAUAAUCAUCUAUAUAAUAAUGUAUCGAAUUUACUGAAUGUUCUGCUGUUUAUUAUUUAAAUCAUAAUGAUUGUUAUAAUUAUUCAUAAGGUAAAUGCACUACUGAUGGAAUCAAAGGUUGUAUUGAUUUAGAUUCUUGUGAAAAUUAUACUAAUUAAGCUUCUUGUUUCAAUGACAAAUAAGGUAAAAAAAAAAAUGCUUAAGGAAAUAUAAUUUCUACUGGAUUCUGUUAAUGGACAAAUGAUAAAUGUACUGUAUAAGGAUGUUCUGAAUUAAUAGGUACAACUCAUGAAUAAUGUAAUUCCCAAUUAAAUACAUGUACUUCUAAUGGUUCAUAAUGUAUACUUAAAACAACUUGUAAUACUUUAAAAAAUUAUGAUUCUUGUAUUGCUGCCACUGGAACUGAUGGAAAAUGUGCUUGGAUUAGUAAUACUGGUAUGGAGAAAUCAUGUAAUCCUAUGAAAUGUUCUGAUUAUCCUAUCACUUAAUGUUCCAACUUUUCAAGUGAUUGUAUUCAAGAUGGUUCAACUUGUGUAUAAAUCUCUUAUUGUUCUAUCUAUAAAACAGAAGCUGCUUGUGAUAAAGGUAGUAUAAAUUCUGUUUGUGUUUGGAUUUAAACUAGUGCAAGUAAAAGUGUAUGUAUUGAUGCCACAAAUUGUUCUAUUGCUAGUGCAAAUCAAAAAGCUUGUAAAGCCUUAUCUGAUAGAUGUUACUGGUAAAGAAAGACAAUCUCUAAUGUUUUAGAAUAUAUUUGUAUAUCUAAAACAUGUGAAGUUUAAACUGAUGGCACUUGUACAGGUUAUUAUGAUUGGGAUAAGAAAAUAUAUACAGUUUGUAAAUUAGAUAGCUAAAAUAAAUGUGUUAGUACUGAUCCAACUACUUUAAAUGCAGAUGAUUGUUUAACAAAAACACUUUAUCAAUAUACUUGGAAUAAUAGUUCUAACAAAUGUUAGAUCUGUGAUACAAAUAGCAACUAAAUCAAUAAUAAUUCAAGUACUCCAAAUAAUACCAAUAACUAAUCUACAUUUGAGACAAUCUUAUUCCCUGCCUUAAUUGCUAUUCUAAGUCUUUAAAUAUGA